CUAGUGCAACCCAAUCAGUACUGCAUGACAGUCCAGCGACAUAAUGGCUAGUCGCUGGGUGUCACUUUUCCUGGGUAUCGCCCUAGUCCAGGGCAUAUUCACCGCUAGUCCCAUCCCGCUAGAAGAUGGCGAAUGGGACUCUGUCGCAAUUCCACUGAACGACCCCGCUUACCGUCUUCCCACAACCACUCGCCCACGGCACUAUGAAGUCACACUCACACCCUACUUCGAGACCGUCCCAACGGGUGUUGAACCUUUCACGUUCGACGGUGAAGUCACAAUUUACAUCAUCCCACAGACCAACUUUUUGACCCAAAUUGUGCUUCACUGCAAUGACAUGACCAUUCAGACUCUGACAGUGUCAUAUACCGAUUCGAAUGGAGCAGUUCAGGAUAUCACUGCGCCUGAUCAAGAUUUGACAUGCGUUGCACCUUACAGUUUCCUGUACAUACAAACUAAUUCAACCUUGCUGAUAGGUCAAGAAUAUGUUAUCUCUGCAACGUUUAGGGGAAACAUUAAUAACAAUAUGAGAGGCUUCUACAGAAGUUGGUACGUCGACUCUACUGGUAAUAAAAGAUGGAUGGGAACGACCCAGUUCCAGCCUGGUCACGCUCGCCAGGCAUUCCCGUGCUACGAUGAACCUGGCUUCAAGGCUACCUUCGAUAUCACCAUCAAUAGAGAAGCAGACUAUAGUCCAACCAUCAGCAAUAUGCCAAUUCGCUCUAAUACUACUUUGGAAAAUGGAAGGAUCUCUGAAUCAUUUUACACUACGCCAUAUACUUCGACUUAUUUACUGGCAUUCAUCGUCUCCCAUUAUGUUCAAGUUGAAGAUAAUAACGACAACGAGAGGCCUUUUGCUCUGUACGCUCGGGACAAUGCCAAUUCUACCGGUGCUUGGGCUCAGGAAACUGGAAUACAACUAUUGGAAAGGAUGGAAAUAUAUACUGACAUUCCUUACUAUAACAUGACCGAAAACAUUAACAUGAAACAAGCUGCGAUUCCUGAUUUUUCUGCUGGCGCUAUGGAAAAUUGGGGUCUUUUGACUUACAGAGAAGCCUUAGUCCUCUACGAUCCCCUGAACUCCAAUCAUUUCUACAAACAGCGAGUGAUGAACAUCGUCGCUCAUGAGAUCACCCACAUGUGGAUCGGAAACCUCGUCACUUGUGCCUGGUGGGACGUGUUGUGGCUUAACGAGGGAUUCGCCAGAUUCUAUACAUACUUCUUAGCUAAUUUGGUGAGACCCGACCUUGGUUUUGAGACCCGUUUCAUCAUUGAACAAGUGCAUACUUCUAUGAUCUCUGACUCGAUCGAUAGCGCACAUCCCUUGACUGACCCUACUGUGAUCGAUCCCGCCAGUGUCAGUGCCCAUUUCUCUACUAUUACAUACGCUAGAGGUGCGUCUGUGAUUAGAAUGACGGAGCACUUCCUUGGAAACUCUACGUUUGUUAAAGCAAUGCAAAACUAUCUUAAAGAGAGAGCUUUCAAUGUAGCACAGCCAAUCCAUCUCUUCACUGCAUUGGAUGAAGCAGCCGCAGAAGAUGGUUCAUUGUCUUCUUACGAUGGCGUUACCGUUGACGAGUACUUCAAAACUUGGUCAGAACAGGCUGGACAUCCUCUCCUGACAGUCACUGUCAACCAGAGAACUGGCCAGAUGAUUGUUACUCAGCACCGUUGGGAGCGUAACACUGGUGUUUCUACAAUUCCCAGUCUAUACAUGGUUCCAAUCACAUGGACUAGAGCCGGAGAAUCUGACUUCGAAGACCUCAAGCCAUCUCAGGUCUUAACUGCCCAAGCCACGGUCAUCGACAGAGGAACCACUGGCAACGAAUGGGUCAUUUUCAACAAACAAGAAACUGGUUUCUAUAGAGUUAACUACGAUGCCACAAAUUGGGCUCUCAUCACUCUGGCAUUGAGGAGUAACCAGAGAACUGACAUUCACGAACGUAACAGAGCACAGAUUGUCGACGACGUCUUCCAACUUGCCAGAGCCGGUGUGCUCCGCUACGAAAGAGCCUUCAACAUCCUCUCAUUCCUGGAGUUUGAAGAUCAAUAUGCCCCAUGGCUUGCGGCUAUUACUAGCUUUAACUGGGUCAUUAGGAGGCUAGCCCAUGACGAGGAAAACGUUGCCAAACUGAGAGAGCAAAUUGUCGGACUCAGUGUGGCCGCUACAGCCCGCCUCAGUUGGGCCGAAAUCGCCGAUGAGGACUACAUGGACGGUCUCAUGAGGAUGUACCUCGGCACCUUCCUUUGCAACAACGGGCAUGCCGGGUGCUCUGCCGCCGCCGUCACCAACUUCAAUGACUGGCUGAACGGUGGAUACAUACCCCCCAACAUGCGCCCAUGGGUCUUCUGCGAAGGUCUCCGCAGAGGAACCGCUGCUGAUUUCGACAUCUUCUGGAACAGAUACUUAGCUAACGACUUGUCCAAUGACAAGAUUGUCAUGCUGGAAACCGCUGGGUGCACCUUGGACGAAGACAGCUUGCAGAAAUACCUUUCUGCUAUUGUGGCUAUGGAUGAUUCAGUCCGACCUCAAGAUUACACUACCGCUUUGAACGCUGCUGUUACCGGCAAUGAAGUCAACACUAUGAGGGCUUUCACGUGGCUGACCAAUAAUGUGGCUCAGGUUACCGCUGCACUUGGCAGCAUUGCUACACCGCUUGGCUAUAUUACUGCUCGUCUUCUUAACGAAGAUCAAAUUACUGAGGUUCAAACUUGGCUGGACGCCCAGCGGGAGGUCAUCGGCGACAGAGCUUACAACACCGGCAUUAACGGCAUCGCUUCUACCAGGAACUUCCACGCUUGGUCCAAUUCCAGAACUGUAGAGCUUGCAACCUACUUUGAAACUGGUUACCUUGAAGAUAAUAUUGAUGAUAUUGUAGACCCUGAACCAGAACCAGAGCCGGAAACAGAACCAGAACCAGAAACUCCAGAUCCAGAAGAAGCUGGACCUGAUUCCGCUAACAUUGCUGCGUUGAGCGCCGUUACGCUCGUUGUGACUUUGGCUAUUAAUAUGGUUGCGAUGUCUGCUCCAGACACGAGUUCCACGAUGAUCGUGGUGCUACUUGCCCUAGUGGGGCUGAUCAACGCCCAGCACACGCCAUCCAUGGAGUUCAGGUCCGAGCUGGACUUCACGGAGAUCUACAACAGCAACGUAGACAGUGAGACCUCGUUCAGACUGACCGACAGUGUGCAGCCUAGCUGGGUAUACGUUGACUUGGAUGUCUAUUUGUCUGAGAGCAGAUUCGAUGGGAUUGUGACACAUGAAGUCACGAUUUCAGGAGAUCCCCAUGAGGAAAUCGUGCUCCACCAAAACGUCGUCGCUGUCACAGCAGUCAAUCUCCUCGACAGCAAUAACAACGCUGUAGCUUUGAACCUCGAGAGGCCUUUCGAGAUCGACAAUAUUCACGAGCUCUUGACCAUUAACCCUGCCUCACCUGUCGUCGCCGGCAAUUACACUAUCAUCAUUAGAUUCCGUGGAGUAAUUAAUGAAAACCAGUAUGAAAGAGGAUUUUACAAGGGCUAUUACUUCCUCAAUGGCACAAAGCGUGAAUACGCUACAACGCAGUUCCAGCCCUUCUACGCCCGGAAAGCUUUCCCCUGCUUCGACGAGCCUCAGUUCAAAUCAAGAUUUGUUAUCUCUAUCACGCGUGAUGCUACACUCAGCCCUUCAUAUUCUAACAUGGCUAUCAAUCAAACCGAGACUGUUUCCGAAGGCCGUAUUAAAGAGACUUUCUUGCCCACGCCCACCAUCUCUGUCUACCUGAUUGCAUUCCACGUCAGCGACUUUGUAGAAACUACAGACGGUAGUGAGCCCGACAGGCCUUUCGGUAUCGUAUCUCGCCCAGGAGUUGUGGCUCAGCAUGCUUAUGCUCAUGACAUCGGAGUUAAGAUCACCAAUGAGAUGAACGAUUACUUCGAUUAUGAUUACUAUAACAUGGGUGAAGGAGAGCAAAUGAAGAACGAUCACAUUGCUAUACCUGAUUUCCCAGCUGGUGCUAUGGAGAACUGGGGAAUGGUUAACUACAGAGAAGCUUACCUUCUGUACGAUCCGGCACACACUAACAUCAUUAAUAAGAUCUUCAUCGCCACUAUCAUGGCCCAUGAGCUGGCCCACAAGUGGUUCGGUAACCUGGUCACUUGUUUCUGGUGGAGCAACUUGUGGCUUAACGAGUCUUACGCUAGCUUCUUUGAGUACUUCUCUGCUGACGCUGCUGACCCAUCUCUCGAACUAGCCGACCAGUUCGUUGUUGACUACGUCCACAGUGCUCUGAACUGGGACGCUUUCGCAAGCGCUACUCCCAUGAACUUAAGCACUGUCACACAUAACGCUUCUAUCAGCGCCCAUUUCUCGACCACCAGCUACGCUAAGGGUGCCUCCGUUUUAAGAAUGAUGGAGCACUUUGUUGGACCUACCAUUUUCCGCAAUGCUUUGAGGACUUAUCUCGCCGAUAACGCCUACGGCCUCGGCACUCCUGAGGACAUGUACGACGCGUUCAGGUCUGCGGUGGCCGCGGACCCAACCUACGCAGCAACAUAUGGAAACCUGGAUGUCGGCGAAGUCUUCGAUAGCUGGGUCCAGAAUCCUGGCUCUCCUGUUUUGAACGUAGACGUUAACACGAACAGUGGAGAAAUCACUGUUACUCAGAACCGUUUUGUCAUCGGAGGCGCUGUUUACAAUCACCAAUGGCUAGUCCCUUACACCUGGACCCACAGUGCUGACCCCGAUUUCACCAACACUAAGCCCGCGAAGGUCCUAACCACGGCUUCUACCACUGAAAACAUGCCAGCUGGACAUAACUGGGUCGUGUUUAAUAUCCAACAAUCUGGAUUAUACCGUGUAAACUACGACGACCACAACUGGGAGAUGCUUGCUGCAGCACUUCGUGAUAAUAAAGACCAAUUCCCCAGACAAAAUAGAGCUCAGUUCGUCAACGAUGUCCUCCACUUCCUGCGUGCUGGAGAAUCGUAUAUCAGCAUCACUCGCGCAUUCGAUGUUCUGUCCUUCCUGGAGAAAGAAGAUGAUUAUCUCGUGUGGGCUGGAGCUCUCGGUCAGCUCGACCUGAUCAGGCGCCGUUUGGAGCACAUUCCUGCUGCUCAUGAGCAGUUCGAUGAAUACCUCCUUGAACUGAUGGAGUACGCCAUCGAGUCCCUGGGCUACGAAGAAGCGACCACCGACUCCACCACUAGAAUCCUGAACCGCAUGCAGAUCCUGAACUACGCCUGCAACCUUGGCCAUGAGGGCUGCGUUGCCGACAGCUUGGAGAAGUGGAACUCUUUCAAGGCUAACCCCACCAGCAGUUUAGUCCCCGUGAACGCUCGCCGCUACGUCUACUGUGCCGGAGUCAGGCACGGCAAUGCUACCGACUACAAUUUCCUCUUUGACCAGUACGAGAACUCUGAGAACGCCGCCAACAUGGUCGUCAUUCUCAGAGCUCUUGGCUGCACCAAGGAUGAGAACCGGCUUCAGCACUACUUGGAGCAGUCCUUGAGGAACGACAAAAUCCGUUAUCACGACAGGACCAACGCCUUCACCUACGCUCUUCAAGGAAACAGGGAGAACUUCAAGACCGUCGUCGCAUUUUUGCAAAAUAACUUAGCUGAUAUCAGACAACUGUACGGUGGUGUGGCUAGAUUAAAUUUGGCCAUAAAUGCACUUCUUACCUACUUGACUGACUUCGAAGAUAUUCUUAGCUUCCAAGCCUGGGCGUACGAAAACCAAUUAGCACUUGAAGAUUCCUUCCUCAACGCCAAGAAUGUGGUUGAAUCCGCAGUCGCUAACAUCCAGUGGGGCAACAGCGUCGUCAGAGAUAUCUAUUCUUUCCUUCGAGGGAGAAAUGCGGCCGGCGCCAUCACUGCCCCGACAUUUGUUGCCUUAUUAUUGGCAGCCAUCAUGGCUCACUUUAUCCGAUAAUUUAAAAUAAUUUUAAGAAUACUUUAAGUCUAACAAAAAAAAAAAGUCUAACAGCAGAAAAUUUCUAAUUGCUUAACUAUGCUGAAUUUUAUAAAAAAAAUGACGCUAGUUGACCUCAUCUAGUUUGUGAAGUUAAUGACAAUGAAAUUGUUGAACAAUUUGUAACUGACAAUAUUCCAAUAGCUUAAAAAUGUAUUGAUGUAAGAACACCUGAUGUUAUAAGAAAUAAAUUAUUUUUAUUUAUACUA